CUGUCCCGGGCCCAGGUGAAUGGAGGAACCUGACAGCUGGGGGGAGUGAGGCGGCGGCGGGGAAAUGGCGGCGGGAGCAGCACAAUGAGACGCGGCCUGUAGCGGGGAAGCUCUGGGCUGGGUCCAGUCCGGAAGAGCAGAAGCUUGCAAAUGAUGCAAUUAAUGUACAAACUGAUAUCAUGAUGUCAAAAUGCAGUUCAAAGAACACAAACACAGAGAUCUCAGAAAUUAAAACGCAGGUCAGGAAGAAUCCGUCAGGAACUCCAGCUGUUGACAAUACUACAUGGGUUAUAGAAGAAGCUCUUCAGAGGCAGUAAGCUGUGCUGGAACAAAAAUGCAAUGAAAAAAACACUGGAUGAAUGAAUGAAUGAAAAGCCCUGCUUUGCAUCCCUCAGCAUGGCAGGACUGCAGCUUAUGACCCCUGCUUCCUCACCAAUGGGUCCUUUUUUUGGACUGCCAUGGCAACAAGAAGCAAUUCAUGAUAACAUUUACACGCCAAGAAAAUAUCAGGUUGAACUGCUUGAAGCAGCUUUGGAUCAUAAUACGAUAGUCUGUUUAAACACUGGCUCAGGGAAGACUUUUAUUGCAGUACUACUCGCUAAAGAGCUGUCCUAUCAGAUCAGGGGAGAUUUCAACAAAAAUGGAAAGAGAACAGUUUUCUUGGUCAACUCAGCAAAUCAAGUUGCUCAGCAAGUGUCAGCUGUCAGGACCCAUUCAGAUCUGAAGGUGGGGGAGUAUUCAGUUUUAGAAAUAAUUGAAUCAUGGACAAAGGAGAAGUGGAAUCAAGAAUUUGCUAAACAUGAGGUUCUGGUUAUGACAUGUCAUGUCGUUUUGAAUGUUUUAAAAAAUGAAUACUUAUCCCUGUCAAACAUUAAUCUUCUGGUGUUUGAUGAGUGCCAUCUUGCAAUUCAGGACCAUCCGUAUCAAGAAAUUAUGAAGAUCUGUGAGAACUGUCCAUCCUGUCCUCGAAUCCUGGGAUUAACAGCUUCCAUUUUAAAUGGGAAAUGUGAUCCUGCUGAGUUAGAGGAGAAGAUUCAGAAACUGGAGAAAAUCCUAAAGAGCAAUGCUGAAACUGCAACUGAUUUGGUGGUCUUAGAUAGAUAUACUUCUCAGCCAUGUGAGAUUGUGGUAGAUUGUGGACCGUAUACCGACAAAAGUGGGCUGUAUGAAAGAUUGUUAAAAGAAUUGGAUGAAGCACUUAACUUUCUAAAUGACUGCAACAUAUCUGUACAUUCAAAAGAGAGAGACUCUACGUUAAUUUCUAAACAGAUACUGUCAGACUGUCGAGCUGUGUUGGUGGUUCUGGGACCCUGGUGUGCAGAUAAGGUAGCUGGAAUGAUGGUGAGAGAGCUACAGAAGUACAUCAAACAUGAGCAAGAGGAGCUGCACAGGAAAUUUUUAUUGUUUACAGACACUUUCCUAAGAAAAAUACAUGCACUGUGUGAAGAGCACUUCUCACCUGCCUCACUUGAUCUGAAAUUUGUAACCCCGAAAGUAAUAAAACUGCUUGAAAUCUUGCGCAAAUAUAAACCAUAUGAGCGGCAGCAGUUUGAAAGUGUUGAGUGGUAUAAUAAUAGGAAUCAGGAUAAUUAUGUGUCUUGGAGUGAUUCUGAAGAUGAUGAUGAGGAUGAAGAAAUUGAGGAGAAAGAGAAGCCAGAGACAAAUUUCCCUUCUCCCUUUACUAAUAUUUUAUGUGGAAUUAUUUUUGUGGAAAGGAGAUACACAGCAGUCGUCCUAAACAGGUUGAUAAAGGAAGCUGGAAAACAGGAUCCAGAGCUGGCUUACAUCAGUAGCAAUUUUAUAACUGGACAUGGCAUUGGAAAGAAUCAGCCUCGUAACAAACAGAUGGAAGUGGAAUUCAGAAAACAAGAAGAGGUACUUAGAAAAUUUCGAGCACAUGAGACCAACUUACUUAUUGCUACUAGUAUUGUUGAAGAGGGUGUUGACAUACCAAAAUGCAAUUUGGUGGUUCGUUUUGAUUUGCCCACAGAAUAUCGUUCCUAUGUGCAAUCCAAAGGAAGAGCCAGGGCACCAAUCUCAAAUUACAUCAUGUUAGCAGACACAGACAAAAUCAAAAGUUUUGAAGAAGAUCUUAAAACCUACAAAGCAAUUGAAAAGAUCCUCAGAAACAAAUGCUCGAAGUCCGUUGAUACUAGUGAAACUGAAACUGAACCCAUCGUGGAUGAUGAUGAUAUCUUUCCACCCUAUGUGUUGAGGCCAGAUGAUAGCAGUCCAAGAGUUACAAUUAACACUGCGAUUGGACACAUCAAUAGGUACUGCGCAAGAUUACCAAGCGAUCCAUUUACUCAUCUGGCUCCUAAGUGUAAAACCCGAGAACUAUCUGAUAAUACAUUUUAUUCAACUCUCUACCUGCCAAUCAACUCACCUCUUCGAGCCUCUAUUGUUGGUCCUCCAAUGAGUUGUGCAAGACUGGCUGAGAGAGUGGUAGCUCUUAUUUGCUGUGAAAAACUUCACAAAAUUGGUGAACUGGAUGAUCACUUGAUGCCGGUUGGAAAAGAAACGGUUAAGUAUGAGGAGGAGCUUGAUUUACAUGAUGAAGAAGAAACCAGUGUUCCAGGAAGACCAGGGUCUACAAAACGAAGGCAAUGCUACCCUAAAGCUAUUCCAGAAUGUUUGAGAGAUAGUUACCCCAAACCUGAUCAUCCCUGUUAUCUGUAUGUAAUAGGAAUGGUGUUAACUACCCCUUUGCCUGAUGAGCUCAACUUUAGGAGGCGAAAGCUGUAUCCUCCUGAGGAUACAACACGAUGCUUUGGAAUACUGACAGCCAAACCUAUACCUCAGAUUCCUCAUUUUCCUGUGUACACACGUUCUGGAGAGGUUACUAUAUCUAUUGAGCUAAAGAAGUCUGGCUUUAUGUUGUCUUUACAAAUGCUUGAGCUGAUCACAAGACUUCACCAGUACAUUUUCUCACAUAUUCUUCGGCUUGAGAAACCUGCACUAGAGUUCAGACCUACAGAAGCUGAUUCAGCCUAUUGUGUUCUACCUCUUAAUGUUGUUGAUGACUCCAGCACUUUGGACAUUGAUUUUAAGUUUAUGGAAGAUAUUGAAAAAUCUGAAGCACGUACAGGCAUUCCCAGUACAAAGUACACAAAGGAAACUCCAUUUAUUUUCAAAUUAGAAGAUUACCAGGAUGCAGUUAUCAUUCCAAGGUAUCGAAAUUUUGAUCAGCCUCAUCGAUUCUAUGUAGCUGAUGUAUACACUGAUCUUACUCCACUCAGUAAAUUUCCUUCCCCUGAAUAUGAAACUUUUGCUGAAUAUUAUAAAACUAAGUAUAAUCUUGACCUGACCAAUCUCAACCAGCCACUGCUGGAUGUGGACCACACGUCUUCAAGACUUAAUCUUUUGACUCCUCGCCAUUUGAACCAGAAGGGGAAAGCUCUUCCACUAAGCAGUGCUGAGAAGAGGAAAGCUAAGUGGGAAAGUCUGCAAAAUAAGCAGAUAUUGGUUCCGGAACUCUGUGCUAUACAUCCUAUUCCAGCAUCGCUGUGGAGAAAAGCAGUUUGUCUCCCCAGCAUACUUUAUCGUCUGCACUGCCUGUUGACAGCAGAGGAACUGAGAGCCCAAACAGCCACUGAUGCUGGUGUAGGGGUUAAAUCACUUCCUGCAGACUUCAGAUAUCCUAACCUGGACUUUGGGUGGAAAAAGUCCAUUGACAGCAAAUCCUUCAUCUCUAUUCCUAGCUCUUCUUUAGCAGAGAAUGAAAAUUACUGUAAGCACAGCACAAUUGUAGUCCCUGAAAAUGCUGCACAUCAAGGUGCUACUAGAGCCUCCUCUGCAGAAAAUCAUGACCAAAUGUCUGUGAACUACAUAACAUUGCUCAGUGAGUCACCCAGUAAACUCCAAAUUGAUGUAUCGGUAGAACUUGCAGCAAUUAAUGGUGUUUCUUAUAAUAAAAAUCUUGCCAAUGGCAAUUGUGAUUUAGUUAACAGAGGCUUUUGCCAAGGAAAUCAACUGAAUUACUGCAGGCAGGAAAUACCUGUACAACCAACUACCUCAUAUCCCAUUCAGAAUUUAUACAACAGUGAGAACCAGCCCAAGCCCAGCAAUGAAUGUACUCUACUGAGUAAUAAAUACCGUGACGGAAAUGUUAACAAAUCUACCUCAGAUGGAAGCCUCAAAAUGGCAGUGACCACCAAUAUUUCAGAAGCUCUUAAUUUUUCAAAAGACAGAAUGGAUUCUGAAAAGAACUGUUCCAGUGGAUACUCCUCAAAAACUCUUGGCCCAAACCCUGGUCUCAUUCUUCAGGCUUUGACUCUUUCAAAUGCUAGUGAUGGAUUUAAUCUAGAGCGGCUCGAAAUGCUUGGUGAUUCAUUUUUAAAGCAUGCCAUCACUACAUAUUUGUUUUGCACUUACCCAGAUGCUCAUGAGGGACGCCUGUCAUAUAUGCGAAGUAAAAAAGUCAGCAAUUGUAACUUGUAUCGUCUUGGGAAGAAGAAAGGGCUGCCUAGUCGUAUGGUGGUAUCUAUUUUUGAUCCACCCGUCAACUGGCUCCCCCCUGGUUACAUAGUAAACCAAGACAAGAGUAACGCAGACAAAUGGGAGAAAGAUGAAAUGACAAAAGAAAGCUUGUUAGCGAAUGGUAAACUUGAUGACGAUUAUGACGAUGAAGAGGAUGAAGACCUAAUGUGGAGGUUACCCAAGGAAGAAGCUGACCUUGAAGAUGAUUUUUUGGAAUAUGAUCAGGAACAUAUCAAAUUCAUUGAUAAUAUGUUAAUGGGAUCUGGGGCUUUUGUGAAGAAAAUUUCUCUCUCACCCUUUUCAACCACUGAUUCUAGCUAUGAAUGGAAAGCACCCAAAAAAUCAUCCCUGGGUAAUAUUCAAUUUUCUUCAGAUUUUGAUGAUUUUGACUACAGUUCUUGGGAUGCUAUGUGUUAUCUGGAUCCUAGCAAGGCUGUCGAAGAAGAUGAUUUUGUAGUAGGCUUCUGGAAUCCGUCAGAAGAAAACUGUGGUGUUGACACAGGAAAACAGUCCAUCUCGUAUGACUUGCAUACAGAGCAGUGUAUUGCUGACAAAAGCAUUGCAGAUUGUGUGGAAGCCUUGCUGGGCUGCUAUCUGACUAGCUGUGGUGAAAGAGCUGCUCAGCUUUUCCUGUGUUCAUUAGGGUUGAAGGUGCUCCCAGUAAUGAAAAAAACUGAAUGGAACAGCGCUUUGUGUUCUAGCAGGGAGAAUUUUAACAGUCAACAGAAAAAUCUUUCACCAAACUGUGCUUCUGCCUCUGUAGCCAAUUCAGAGUGUUCUCUGUGUAAAGAAAUGGAGUAUGGCUGUUUGAAGAUUCCACCAAGGUGUAUGUUUGAUCACCCAGAUGCUGAAAAAACCCUGAAUCACCUGAUAUCUGGUUUUGAAAAUUUUGAGAAGAAAAUUAACUACAGUUUUAAGAAUAAGGCUUAUCUUCUUCAGGCAUUUACUCAUGCCUCCUACCAUUACAAUACCAUUACUGAUUGUUACCAGCGCUUGGAAUUCCUGGGAGAUGCGAUUUUGGACUACCUCAUAACCAAGCACCUUUAUGAAGACCCACGGCAACACUCUCCAGGGGUUCUAACUGACCUACGAUCCGCUCUAGUCAAUAAUACCAUCUUUGCAUCAUUAGCUGUAAAGUACGACUACCACAAGUACUUCAAAGCUGUCUCUCCUGAGCUGUUUCAUGUUAUUGAUGACUUUGUACAGUUUCAGAUGGAAAAGAAUGAAAUGCAAGGAAUGGAUUCUGAGCUCAGAAGAUCUGAAGAGGAUGAAGAGAAGGAAGAAGAUAUUGAAGUACCAAAGGCCAUGGGAGAUAUAUUUGAGUCACUAGCUGGUGCCAUUUAUAUGGAUAGUGGGAUGUCUUUGGAAAUGGUUUGGCAUGUGUACUAUCCUAUGAUGAGGCCAUUAAUAGAAAAGUUUUCUGCAAAUGUGCCUCGUUCCCCAGUGCGGGAGCUGCUGGAGAUGGAACCAGAGACAGCCAAAUUUAGUCCUGCAGAAAGAACUUACGAUGGAAAGGUCAGAGUAACAGUGGAAGUUGUAGGGAAAGGAAAGUUUAAAGGUGUUGGCAGAAGCUAUAGGAUUGCCAAAUCUGCAGCUGCAAGAAGAGCACUACGAAGCCUCAAAGCAAACCAACCUCAGGUCCCAAACAGCUGAGACGCCUCUUAAAAAAAAAAAAAAAAAAAAAAAAAUCCCACAAAAUAAAGUAAUUUUUUUUUAAAGUU